AACAAUCCUAUACAAUAUUUCUAGACUGGAAACAAUUAAAACAAACAGAAAUAAAAAAAGUUUGUAAAUUUUUUACUGCAUUAAGAACAGAAUUACAAAUAGCAGUACAUCUAUUUGGUAAAAAUACUUGGGCUGAAGUAGUUAACAGAGCAAAAACCUGUAAACUUACUUACUAUAGUAUUGCAAUAUAUAUUACUCCUAAUUUUAACAAUAAUAUUAUUACUUCAACUUUUACAUCUUUUAACUCUGUUGAAAUUAUAAUAAAAGCUCUCACUAAAUAUAUAGAAAACUCUAAAAAGAAAAUUGAAAAGAACUACUCUCUUAAAACAUUUAAACUUGAAUCAGUGUUAGUAAAUACAGAAGGUCCUGAUGCUUCUCAAAACAAUACAAACCUUUCUAUGAUCUAUUUAAAAGAAGAAGAUAAAAAUAAUAUUAAUGAAAUAUAUGUGAAAAAAGAAGAAAA